AUGAGCUCCAAGUAUGAUCGUGUAAAGGUAAAGGUGCACCUUGGCGGUGAUCACUACUACAUCCUCUCCCGGUUUAUGCUCUCAAAGAUGUUAACAUUCUGCAAACUUCCCACAACCGCAGCGGUGCGGGUGAGUUUAGAACUAAAAAAGUUCCUUGUAGAUCAGGAGAAACUCGAUGUUACUCAGGCCGAACUGGAGGCGGCUACUUUCUACACAAUGGCCCAGUACGGCUAUGGUGAGGCCCACACACGUCUCUUUCCUCUCAUGACACGUUUUUACAUGCAACGUGUUCCGCUUCUUAUUCUCAUUGCCGGCAGUGGUUGCUGCAGUAAGACCUUCAUUGCACACAGUCUUGCCUCUAAACUCAAUACACACAACGUUGUCAGUACAGAUGUGUUGUUGGAUGUCCUCACCGCCGUUCACGACGGAUUCCCCGCUGAUAUUAUCGCCCCUGCGGGGAUUCCCCAACACAAUCUCAACAACAGUGAUGAGAAUCCUAACGGUUGGCCGCAGCCGGAUGAGCGGGGUUUGUGGUUUCGCACUAAUACUGAUAAUAAUAAUAAUAAUAAUAAUAAUAAUAAUAAUAAUAAUAAUGGAUUGUUAUCUUUACCUCAAGUAUGGCGGGCAUGGGCCUCUGCUGUACGUCCUCUUGUAGCGGGUGAACUCGACAAGGCGGCGGCAGAGGGAAAAGUACUCAUUGUGGAAGGUUCCCUGCUGGAUCUCGCACACUAUCGUUCGUAUUUAUCUCGUCACUAUCAACGCCGCUAUGGCGCUAUUGCAGUCGCCUUUUAUGUUUCCGCCGAUGAUGCGUCGCGGCGAUUUGUGGCGGAGCGAUUUGUGGCGAGUCACUCCGAAAUGCUGCCGGCAUUUUGCAGAGAGAAUAGUGCCGGUGAUGUCCACCAUUAUUAUCAUAAUGAUAAUAAUGAUAAUGAUAAUAGUGAUGAGUAUGAGUAUGAUCAUAGUGAUGAGAGUGGUAAUAGUGUUACGGCUGCUGGAGUGGAGUGGUUGAUGCAGCGGCUGAAGAGAGUAGAGACCACACAAUUGCAAAUACUCGCAGAGAAAAAUAACCGCAUGGCCCUACGAUGUAUGGGUGAGAGUUGGAGAGGUCAUCUGCCAGAGGCCACACCGUGUGGAAACAGUAAUAGUAAUAACAACACUAAUAAUAAUAAUAAUAAUAAUAAUAAUAAUAAUAAUAAUACUAUUGUAGAUGAACAAGAAGAAGAAGAAGAGAUAGUAUAUGUGAAUACUGUUUCCUACUCUGUGGGAGCCUUGACAAAGCCGCAUGAACUCAUGCAUGAACUUGUGCUCGAGCGAAUAAUGGCGGAACUCCAUCAGAGACAAUUGGUGCAGGAAGCACAAUCCCAAUCCAAAACUGCAGUCAUUGAGGCAACAACAAAUGAAGAGAUCCUAAACGCAUAA